CUAGUGUCUUUUAAUUCCUGAAAUUGUAAAUUUUGAUCGAAAAUGGACAUAAUGAAAGAAAAUGAUGUAAGAAAGCAUUCUCCAUCAACUAGAGUCCCUCCUGAACCUAAAUUCAUAUUGAAGAGGGAAAUGGGUAUUGUUCACUGCUUCAAUUUGCCAAACUCUGAGGACGAGAACGAUUGUAAAUAUUUGUAUGUGGGUACAGAGGAAGGUGAAGUGUUUGUUUGGGAUCUCACUACACUUAGUGUAAGCUUGAAACCAAAACUGGGAUCCUCAAUACAAAACAUUCAUUUCUACAACUCCACCAUGAUAACCCAAGAGAAAGAAGGUGAAAUCAAAGUGUUUGAAUUGAAGAGCGGAAAUUUCAAUCAAAUCCACUCGACAAUCACCACCGAUGGGUCAUUCUGCAAAAGUAUAAUGAUAGAACAUCGAUUAUUCACAGCGGCGGAAACUGUAGAUAUUUAUGAUAUGGAAACGAUGACUAAAGAGAAAAAUCUUACACCUCACACAGAAAAGAAGUUGGGAAUGAUAAUGAGUCUAACAGAAAUUGUUCUGGAAGAUUCCAGAUCUUAUAUUAUGGUACUUUACGAGACUGGGGAUGCUAUAUUUUGGGAUUUUUCAAAUUCUAAAACAGUCGAUCAAGUAUUAUUCAAACCACAGCCCUUGUCCUCAACGUUCAACAAGAAAAACGGGAGAGGUUUAGUGGUAGGAGCAUCGAACACGAUUCAAGUUUUCAAAGUGAGUACCAGUGGUUCCAAGAUAAUUUACGAAAUCGAAGUGCCUACUAAAGGUAGUUUAACAGUCGUUGAAAGUAGACCGGAUGGUCGUUUAUUCGUGGUUGGGGGGUCGGAUGGCAGAUUACGAUGUUUCUCUUGGAAAACGUUGAAAUUGUUGGUCGUUCUAACAGAACACAAUCAUCCAAUCACUAGUAUUCGAUUUCCCCCCAAGAGAAUCUCGACUUGUUGCGAGAAGCCUCUGGUGGUUUCUAGUGCGGAUGGUGUUAUAAGUUUUUGGGAUAUUUAUUGAUUCGUUAUUAGUAUUUUUUAUAUUUUUAUGUGAAAUAAAACAAAGAAACAUUA